GCUCGUGCUGGGCAUUGAGUCUAGCUGUGAUGAUACCGGCGCUGCUGUUCUCAGGGGUGAUGGCCAGAUUCUUGGAGAAGCUUUGGCAUCACAGGCCAAUAUCCAUGAGCAGUGGGGCGGUGUUGUGCCCCGGCUGGCGCAGGAAGGUCACAAACAGGCCAUCGACGGAACCGUGGAAGAAGCGUUGCGACGAGCAGGGAUUGCGAGCGCAGAUUUAUCUGCCGUCGCUGUGACUGUGGGACCUGGGCUUGGCCUUUGUCUCGAGGUUGGUGUUCGCAAGGCGAUCCGCUUUGCAGCUGAGCACCGUUUGCCACUGGUGCGCGUCCACCACAUGGAAGCUCACAUGAUG